AUGAAAGCAAGAAAAGCACCAUUGGUAUCUGAUAAAAGAGAUAGACUUAGUGAUUUACCAGAUGCCCUUAUUCAUAAAAUCUUAUCAUUCAUUGAUAUGAGAUCUGUAAUUCGGAACAACAUUUUGUCGAAAAGAUGGAGGUAUAUUUGGAAAUAUCUUCCUACUUUGAACUUCAAUUCGGAUGAUAUAUACCAGAAUUCUUUCAGAAACUUAUUUAUAAAAGAGGAUGAGAUCAUAGAUUUCAUUGAUCAGGUAUUAGCUCUUCGUGAGAAAUAUGAUAUACAGAGACUUGACAUUGUUAUUGAACAUAUUGAAUCUAAAUUUGAAGAUCGUCUUUAUUUAUGGAUACUUGCUGCUGUAGAAUGUCAUGUUCAAGAACUAUCUAUUGAGAUUUGCGAUAAUCAAAAGGUUGACAUUCCUGAUUGCCUAUUUACUUGUUCAUCUUUAACCAAAUUCGAAUUGACAGUGAAUGGUAGGCAUAAUUAUGGGCAAAUAUUUUUACCUGAUGUUACAGAUUUACCUAGGCUCAAAUAUCUGAAGCUUGAGGGACUUGGAUUUAAAGAUGAAGAAUUAACUGAUGAGUUCUUCUUGAACUGUCCUAACCUUGAAUCGUUGACAAUAGUAGAUACUUACAUUGAGUUUGAUAUCUGCUGUCCAAAUUUCGAAGAGUUUAUACUAGAAUUUAAUGAUAAGAGGAGUCCAAUGACUAGACAAUCAAGAUAUGGUCAUCUUAUUUCUCAAGGGAAAACUUGGUGCGGCAGCAAUACUAUCAAGUUAAGUGCUCCAAAUCUAACAUUCUUAAGAUGCAAAGGUAUGAUAUCCGAGGACAACAUCCUAGAGGACCUUUCUUCUCUUAAAACUGUUGAUAUUGAAAUCAAGUCAUUAGAAGAUAUGUACUGGUACUAUAAUGGGGUAGACGAAGAAGAUUCAGGGCUUUCUGCAGAGACUGAAGAAUUUGGUAAACUUAUGGUGAAUUUCUUAAGUGCGCUCCGUAAUGUGAAGUUUCUAACUCUAUCUCAUAGAGUCCUUGAGGUAUAG